AAAUUAAAAGCCAGUGUUUUUUAGGUUACUUACGUCGUGUUUGACAAUUGUGUCAAGUAGAAUCUUUUUUUAUUCCUUUCUCUCCUUAAAAAAAAAACCAAAAUGUGGUAAAUAAAAAAUGUAAUUAAUUGUCAACCGGUGAAUGUCAUUAAACAAUCGUUAAUUGAACAUAGACGCGAAUUAAAUUACAUUUUUCUAAAUGCGUUGCAUCAUUGGCAUUGUUUAUGUUGUUUUGAUAGUUAACAUUUUCCAACAAAAGUGAAUUAAUUUCAACGAAAAUCAUGAAUAUUGUUUGUGUUAUCUGCAGAGAAUUACUCUUGCCAUCCGAAGAUAUAUUUCAUACACCUUGUGGACAUAUUUUUCAUUUCCCGUGUCUAACACAGUGGCUUGAAAGAUCGAAAACAUGUCCACAAUGUCGCGAGAAAGUUUCUCAGGCUAAAAUUCACAGGCUUUAUUUUAACUUUUCAAAUAAUGAUUCUAUAUCAGAAGACAGUACAACACUUCAAAGUCGCGUUGAAAGUCUUGAAUUUAAAUUAUUAUUAAAGGAAAAGGAUAUAAAACAUUAUGUAUCCAAAGCAGAAACAGCCGAUAAACAAGUUCAUGGGCUUCGAAAAGAAAUUGGAAAAUUAGAAAAUGAAAUUGCUUUAAAAAAUUCGGCAAAUUUUGCAUUAAACGAACAAGUUAUGUUACUUCGAGAAAAUCAUAAAAUAAUGAAUGAACAAAAACAUGAAUUGGAAAGAUUACGAAAACACGUUGAAUUGAGUCGAAAUGUACAAACUUUGUUAAGUUCAUCCUAUGACAAUGUUGAUGAAAUGAUUAAGGAGACAAGAGAUCCUCAAACAUUUAUAACAUACAUAAAAGUUCUCAAACAAGAAUUGUUGUGUUGUACAAACAAACGAAAAGAGCAGAGAACAAUGAUUAAAAAUUUACAUCAAGAUAUCUCGUCGUUAACUAAAGAAAGAAACAUCUUUGCCGAUGAACUGGCAAAAAGAAAAAAUUUAGAUGAACAACUUGCCAUCAGCGAAAGCAAAAGAUUGGAUUUAAAAAGAAGACUGAAAAUGUACGAAAAAAAUGAUGAAACAUCUGAUAAAGAAGAUGAAUCAAAUGUGAUAACUAAUUCGGAAGAAAAUAAAAAAUCAAAAGAAGAAUUAGUUCGUAAAUUAAAUGACGAUGAUUUGGAAGAUAUUCCCAAAGCUAAAAAAUUAAAACCCUCAUUGAAGGAAAAAUAUUCACUAGGUACACCAAUUCUCAUCAAUGACGACGAUGUGACUGAAAAUCCAAAAUCAAGAAAUCAAUAUUUAUUAGGUUCACCUAUUGUAAUAAGCGAAGAUAGUUCAGACGAAGGAGCAACAUCGAAUUCCACAACUCGUAAGACAAAAGGAAACGAAGAAAAUUCUCCCUAUCUUCGUUUAAAAUCAAAAGGAAUAUCAGCGCUAAAGGAACUUCAUGCACAACGUUCGUCUGUUGGUGUUGGUCAUUCAAUUUUCAGGAAAAAGAAACUUUCAAAUGCAUCUACUAUUCAAAAAGGAUUGGGACCUGCUUCAUUCGAUGGUUUUGGUGGUCAUUCAAGACCCGAACUCUUUCCAGUUAUGAAUUCAAAACAAAAGAAAAUAACUCCCCAGGAUGCGGUAAAAGCAAAACGUGCCAAAUUAGAUGAUACCAAUAAAAAACUCGGCGAAUUUCUCAUUAAUUUAGUGUGAAUAUGGGAGAAAUUUUUUUAAAUUUAAAUUUGAAUUGUUUUUAUGAUAUUUUGAAUACCAGAUGAAAUGAAAAUAAGAUUGCUUCUAUACCAGUAAAAAAAUAUAGUUUGUAUUUAGUAGUAUUAAUUGUUUUUUGUAUGUUUAUAUCCAUAAUUAAAAUGUCAUUAAUAAUA